AUGAAGGUGGGUAUCAAGCGCAUGACGAGCUAUCUGUACUGGCUGUACUACCAGUACGAGCUGAUCACGUGCAGCUACCUCAUGGAGCCCUGGGAGAAGGUGCUCUUCUACACGGUGAACGUGGCCACGCUCGUGACGCUCGCGUACGCCGCCUACCUCUUCGUCCCGGCCCGCAUCAGCGCGGCCUUCCGCUUCCUCCUGCACUUACUCGGAAAUCAGCCUGAAAAUACUGUUUCUAUCUUGAAAUAA